AAACAUGUUGGAACACGGUAAGGCACAGUUCGAUAAUAUCGACGGUGGAACAAGUCGUUUACCAGUUACUGAGUUACUCAGUAUAUGAUACAACGAUUAACUGACAAUUGGAUAUGAAAAAAGUGUAAUUUAUUGUCGAAAUAACUAUACAGUACAAAUUAUACUGGUCAACAAAAUGGUGAAGUAUUAUGAAAGUAAUACAAUUUUCCAAUUUAAUUGGGAUCAAGUAGCACGUGGAUUUUGGCAAAGAUAUCCAAAUCCUAAUAGCACCCAUGUACUUACGGAAGAUACUGUAUCAAGGAAGGUCAAAGAUGGCAUGUUAUAUACCACACGACUUCUGACAAAAACUAACAGAGUACCAAAAUGGGGAGAGAGAUUUAUUAGUAAAAGUGUUGUAAAAAUUGUCGAAGAGACCAUAGUGGACCCCAAAACGAAAACUUUAACAACAUAUACGAGAAAUUUAGGUUACACUAAAGUCAUGGUUGUUGUGGAGAAAGUUGUUUAUAAGGUGUGCGAAGAAAAUCCUAAUUGGACAGUUGCAAAAAGAUCAGCUUGGAUCGACAGCCAAGUAUUUGGAUUUGGUAGAGCUAUUCAAGCAUUUGGAUUGGAUAGAUUUAAAAAGAAUUGCACUCUGAUGUAUAAUGGGUUUAAUUAUGUCCUGGCACAUAUGUUUCCACAUACAGCACAGUAUAUGAAUCCAACACUUUCCCAAAUGGGUUUUGCUCAUCUAGUAAGAACAACGUACAUAAUCCAAGCGUCAAAAGGAAAAAAUUUAUAUUUACAUGUUUCUUUCUUUUUAUUUAAGGUCGAUGAAGGAGCAGGGGCAAGGACUAGUCUCGCGGAAGAUUUUCAACAUUCGUUACAGGGCAGAGCGGAAAAAGUAAAGGACGCUGCUAAAAAGGCAACAGAUUUGGCAAAGAAAAAAGCUGGAACGAUUUAUGCUGCGUACCAAUCUGAACAGUCGUAAAUAAAGCGACAUUAUUGAUGUGAACAACGAUUUAAAGUAUUUGGGGAACAGAAAAUUAAAACAGUUUCGAAAUGGAACCGAAAGAUAAUUCUUGCAAAUCGACCAUGCGAAUAGCAUGAAAUCGUUGGUAAUUGUUUAACAUUGUCGAUAUUCAUGUUUAUAGUUGAUUAAAUAGGAUUCGUUCGUCGAUAAAGCAAGGAAGGUGAAAAGAAAUUUUUGUUUGAACCACUUUACUGUAAUGGCUCUGUAUAAUAUUUUCACGUUGUCAUUCCUGUUAACUGCCAACUCAUAUUUAAUUUUUAAGAUUCAUUUAAAAUGUUUUUGUGAUAGUCGGGACAACAUUUCUAAAGAUAACAAUUACUGACGAUGCUAAAUUGCGCGAACGUGGCAAUAUCGCUAUGCGUGUGUAUCUCACUAAAUUCGGAAAGCUGGCAAAACUGAGGUCGGAAUAUCUGUUUUCCGAAAAAAUUUCUAAAUUUUUCAUUCCUUCAAAUACAUAUGCUUAACGUGUAAACGUGAUUAAACACGAUAACAAGUGAAUAAUGUAGGAGGAAAAGUGUAGAUUGUUUUGUAAAAUAUUAAAAUAGUAUAAAGAAAAUUAGUCCAGAAUUCAUACGAAUGUAUUUGUCUUAAUAAGAAUCGGGCAUGAUCUCUUUAACCUUUUCGCUACGAGCGUCGCUUAUAGGCGACGUCCGCGAGAUGACCUGUGUGUACGAGCGUCGCCUAUAGACGACGUCCGCGCGAUAACACAUGUAUGCUUUCCGUCGCAGUGCUCCGUUCAAUACCGCUAUUCCGGCGAAAGGGUUAAACGAGAUGGAUGGUUUUUAAAGGAACCAUGAGUAACACAUACUGGUAAUAGCGAGUGCAUAUUGCACUUAAGUAUUAAGCACUUUUUACCGGUACGAUCCAAACUUCGUCGGUAUCUAUGUAAUAUUUUAUAUCGGUGUCGAUGGUUUUCGUACGUAAUUGUAAAAUUGCAAUUGCACUUAGAACAUAUUUGUGAAAAUUCCGUAUUCUGUGCACGCUUUUGCGUACACAGCGUAAAAUUAAGAUAUCUUGAUGUAUACACAUUACAUAAAUAUAUAAUAGAAGAAUUUGUAUAAAUUCUAGUUACUGAUUAUAUCAUGUUUACGUUGAAAGAAAUCUUAAUCUGAUAUUUAGUCGUCAUUGUAACUUAUGCAAAUAUUAUGUAAACAGAUAAAUUGUAUAUUGUUAAAAUAUACGAAUAAACUACCAUCUUAUUGAAAACUAAGAAACACAA